AUGUCUGCUCCGCCUGUCGAUUACUACGCGGCCCUAGAGGUCGACUCGAAAGCCUCGGCCCAGCAGAUCCGGGAUGCUUAUAAGAAACAAGCCCUCCGCCACCACCCCGACCGCGUGCCCGCCGACAGCCCCGAUCGCGAGACGCGCACCAAGAAAUUCCAACAGAUCAACGAUGCGUACUAUACCCUCUCCGACUCCACGCGCCGACGAGAUUACGACGUGACGCGUAAUCAAUUCCACGGGUUUCCUGGGAGUUCGUCGUCCUCGAGCAGGCCUGCCGCCGAUGCGGACGAAGAGAUCCCUCGUCCUGAGCCGGGAACUAUGCCUGGCGGGUUCCCGUGGUCGGCGUUUGGGUUCGGAGGGACUGCGAAGACGGAGGAGGAUGCGAAUCGGUAUAGCAAUGAGCAGUUUGGGAGUGUGUUCGAGGAAAUGAUGCGCGAUGAGGGGAUGGCGGAUGAGGAUAAGACGCCGAAUAAGGUGUUUUGGUCGAUUGUGGGAGGCGUCAGUGGUGGCGCUAUGGGGUUCAUCAUGGCGAAUGUGCCGGGAGCUAUUGCUGGUGCUGUUGCUGGGAAUCGUCUUGGUGCCAUCCGGGACAAGAGAGGGAAGAGCGUGUACUCGGUAUACCAAGAGCUCGAGCAGCCGGAGAAGAUGCGCUUGCUGUCUGAGUUGGCCCAGAAGGUCUUUGCUCAUGCCAUCAGCUAG